AUGGGCAGCGUUACAACUCGUGAUUUUUCUGAGGAAGGCGCCUGUCCAAUACAGAAAUAUCCACUCGCUCUGAAACUGAUGUAUAAUUUCGCCUUGGAUUUAUGCCCUCGACUGGGAGACAACUAUUUAUGGCAGUCUAUGGGUGCCGAACUAGUUCCAUUACCAGAAAGUGCCAGCAUUUUGAACGGAAGGAUGGGCAGAUUUCGACCUUUACCGGCUUUUCACCCGAAUGUUGUACGUGUCCUAACUGCGUUUGUUGAUCGUAUGCCGAUUUUGGAUGACGCCAAACUUGUCUACCCCGAUGCGCUUCCAUCGGCUCCGUUCUAUGAGAUGAUUAUUAAUGAACCCAGAACAAUGUUCGUGGUGAUGAAGAGAUAUCGCAUGACAUUGCGCGAAUAUGUCAAAGAUUUCCGCAGAAAACGCAGCUAUCACGUAGCCCGUUUAUUGGAAGGAUGUGUAUUCCUCUACGAGAAUACUGUUUCACAACGAGAUAUGAAGAGCGACAAUAUGGUUUCAACAAGGGAUAUGAGUAGCGACAAAUAUUUUGCUUGGGAUUCAAAUCCUUCACUUUGUUUAAUUUCUGAUUUCGGGUGUGCUCUGGCGACAGGUAGUUGGGUCGUCAAGUAUGUUGACGACACUAUCGAUCUUGGAGGAAACAGAAAAACGAGAGCACCUGAAAUUGUUAUGGCGCGACCGGGACCUGAUAGAGUAAACCCAUUUUACUCUCGCCUGGACAGCGCCACUUACAAAGAAGAAGACCUUCCGAGUUUGUCUCCUUUUAUUACAAAGCCGAUUCGCGAUGUUGUUCACCAUCUUCUACGAAGAAAUCCUGAAGAGAGACUGCUUCCUCACAUUGCCGCAAAUGUUAUUUCUUUAUCUCUCCUGCGAUUGGGUGGAGAUUUUCAAUCAUUUCUUUCGUCUUCUGGGCUGAACACCGUAAUUAAUCUCCAAACCAUACGAAGCGCUCUCAGCACUUCGUGGGAAAAGCUUGCCAUCAAUGCUGAAAAGGUUCUGGAUGAUGUGCUUUUUCUUAUCUCUGCUGAAACUAUUGCUUCUCGUGCUUCUUCACCCGGAGUUUUAAGUCGUGCAGAGCAACAGCUUCGGGCUACGUUUCUUUCUCGUCUGAAUCGUGAUCAU